AUGUUAGCAGUUCACUUUGAUAACCCGGGGGGACCGGAAAACCUUUACAUCAAGGAGGUACCCACACCGAAGCCCGGGAAGGGGGAAAUACUUCUGAAGGUGACAGCCAGCGCACUCAACAGAGCCGACCUCCUGCAGAGACAAGGCCAAUACUCCCCACCCCCAGGAGCCAGCAACAUUUUGGGACUCGAAGCCUCCGGACAUGUGGCAGAACUGGGGCCUGGCUGCCAGGGCUCCUGGAAGAUUGGAGACGCAGCCAUGGCUCUGAUGCCUGGUGGGGGCCAGGCUCAGUAUGUCACCGUGCCCGAGGGGUUCCUCAUGCCUGUCCCUGAAGGCCUGAGCCUGGCUGAGGCAGCUGCAGUCCCAGAGGCCUGGCUCACAGCCUUCCAGUUGCUGAAUUGCGUGGGCAAAGUGAAAGAGGGGGAGACAGUCCUCAUCCAUGCUGGCACCGGGGGUGUGGGCACUGCUGCCAUCCAGCUCACCAGGAUGUUUAAAGCCGUCCCACUGGUGACCACAAGCCCCCAAGAUAAAAUCGAGAUGGCCAAGAAGCUGGGUGCUGAGGCCGGGUUUGACUACAAGAAGGAUGACUUCUCAGAGGGGGCAUUGAAGCUUACACAGGGUGUAGGAGUCAACGUGAUCCUGGACUGCAUUGGGGGCUCAUACUGGGAGAAGAACAUCAACUGUCUGGCCCCAGACGGCCGGUGGGUGCUGUAUGGCCUCAUGGGGGGAGCCGAAGUCAAUGGACCACUGCUCUCCAAGCUUCUGACCAAGCGAGCAACUUUGCAGGCCAGCCUGCUACGAUCCAGGGACAAGAAAUAUAAGGAGGGUCUGGUGAAGACAUUCACAGAGAAAGCCAUCCCCCACUUCUCUCCGGGGGGCCCAAUACAACUGAAGCCAGUGGUGGACAACAUCUUCCCGCUGGCGGACGUGCAGAAGGCCCACGAGCGCAUGGAGGCCAACCUGAAUGUGGGCAAGAUUAUCCUGGAGAUGCCCUGA